AUGGCCACCGAAGUAAGUCAGCUUCAGCCCGCCGUCAACGCCGGCCUUCGGGCGCAGACGGCCCAUUCCCCCAUUCCUCGACACCGCCUUCUCCUCGGCGCCAGUCAUGGCCAGCAGGGCAGCCACGCUCGUCGCCCCCGUCCGUCCGCCGCCCGUUCGUCUGUCAGCAAGACUUUCCUCGCCCGCCUCUGCGAGCAGGCUGAGCGCUACGAUGAGAUGGUUACCUUCAUGAAGGAGGUCGCCAAGCUCGGUGGUGAGCUCACCGUUGACGAGCGCAACCUCCUUUCCGUUGCCUACAAGAACGUCGUCGGCACUCGCCGCGCCAGCUGGCGCAUCAUCUCCUCCAUUGAGCAGAAGGAGGAGUCCAAGGGCUCCGAGAAGCACGUCGCCAUUAUCAAGCAGUACAGGCAAAAGAUCGAGACCGAGCUCGAGACCGUCUGCAAGGACGUCCUCGAGGUUCUCGACGAGUCCCUUAUCCCCAACGCCGCCACUGGCGAGUCCAAGGUCUUCUACCACAAGAUGAAGGGUGAUUACCACCGUUAUCUUGCCGAGUUUGCCUCCGGCGAGAAGCGCAAGAACGCUGCUACCGCGGCUCACGAGGCUUACAAGAGCGCUACCGAUGUUGCUCAGACCGAGCUCACUCCCACCCACCCUAUCCGCCUGGGUCUUGCCCUCAACUUCUCCGUUUUCUACUACGAGAUCCUUAACUCUCCUGACCGUGCCUGCCACCUCGCCAAGCAGGCUUUCGAUGAUGCGAUCGCCGAGCUCGACUCCCUCUCCGAGGAGUCUUACCGCGACAGCACCCUUAUCAUGCAGCUCCUCAGGGAUAACCUCACUCUCUGGACCUCGUCCGAUAACGGCGAGCCUGAGGCCGCUGCUGAGGCCCCCAAGGCCGAGGAGAAGACCGAGGAGAAGGCCGAGGCCGCUGAGGAGAAGGCUCCCGAGGAGCAGUAA